UGCCAAGUGUGGGUGUGCUGGGCUGUGCAGGGCUCAGAGCCUCGUGUCUCCCCACAGUGCCCAGCUGAGAGCACCCUGGGCAGCAUCAGCAAGGUCCAGUGGAGAGUGUGGCAUGGAAAAGGGUAAAUCCCCUCAUGGGAAUGGUUAGAGGAGCUUCACUUUUGGGGGUGGUGCUGUAGUGACUUGACAAACACCUGAGCCCCUUAGAGCAACUCAGCCCCACCCCUCACCUCAGCCAGGUCCACGUGCUCCUGGGGCAGCACCAGCUUUCCCCCUUCCACCUGAAACAAAUUAAGUCCAGGUUUUAAAAUACUCUAUUAGAAACCCUGUGCAGUGUAGGCAGCAAGGGGGCCUGGGGAUCCAGGGGCCCGACUGAGGAGGGACAGCUCCCUUUGAGCAGGCAGCAGCCCUGCCUGGAUGGGGAGGGAAGCAUGGCUGGGGGCACUUUGUCUCAAAACACACAAAUACAAAUUACAAAUAGCUUGUAAAAGGUUAAUUAAAGAUCAUCAAGCAUUUAAUCAGCUGUUACAGCCCAACUGUUUUAUAGCUGUUGGGUUUGCAUGCCCUGUGGCUUGUGAGCGUGGAUUGCUGGGCUCCGCUCAUCCCUGUCGGAGCGAGGCUCGGUCUUACCCGGUUUAACGUUGCUGGGCUGGCAGCGAGGGCAGGUUUUGGCAGGGCAGGGACCGGUGGGAAGUGGCUGGAGCAGUGUGGGCUGGCUGUGUGCCCUCAGCAGAGCCAUGUGGAAUGUCCCUGCCCUUAUUGAAGGCACCUGGUAAUCUGUGGGGCCACCCAGUUACACCGUGCCAGGAGCCUGGUGGGAUGGUGGCAUGGCCAAGCUGCAUCUCCCAGGGCUUCCAGGCAAAGAGUUGCCUGAAGUAAUGAGAGGAGAACAUAAAGGGUAAGGGCUGAGCCCAGGGGGCAGGAGGUGGGAUACAGCCCACAAGUGUCUGUGGUUUUGUCUGCCCAAGAGGAAGGUAAACGUCAGAGCUGAACAUGGGGCACUGCUGGGGGAACAGUUCCCCAAACCCUGGCUGUAGGCAAAGGGGGCCUAGCCAUGAUGUGUGUGAGAAGAGCCAACAGUUCCUGCUGGGAUGUGCUGAGCCCCCCUGGAGAUGGAGAUGCCCUGGGAGAACAGGGCUGGAAACACUGGGGGAGCUCCUAUUCCCCAGCUGGGACUGAGACCAGACACUGGUGGUGCCCAGUGCUGAUACCUCUAUCCUGGGCUGCACCAGGAGGAGGAGUGGGGUGCUGUGGCAGCCACACUUUAGCAGUGAACAGCAGGGUGGCUGGCUGGCUAUAUCCUACAGCUGUGGACUGCCACAAGGUUUGCAAGAAGAUAUGAUGUUGGGGCAAUGGGGACAAGCCACAUAUAUGGGUUAGUUGUGUGUUCUGGCCAUGGUGGCAGCCAUGGGGACCCUGCUCACAGCCCCCAGCAUUGUGGGUUUGCAGUGGGUGCAGUUGGCUGCCAGCACUGCUGUGUCCUCACCCAGCUCCUGCCAUGGUGACCUCCCCACCCCAGCAGCUGCUGAUGGGCAUUGUGUGCUUACCCUGGAACAUGUGUAGGAUUUGUCCCAGGAUGAGUUGUGUGGCCAGGUUGCACUGUGUCCUGUCACAGCUGGACAGAACCAGAAUGAGUAGGCUGAACAUGCUAAAACCUGCAAUGGGCAGAAGGGGCAGGGAUAAAAGCCUGCCCUUCACCAGCCAAUGUGGACGCUGCUGUCAGGCUAAAUAUAGCCCCUGGCCCCUCGAGGAAAUCUUGCUGAAUUAUGGAUGGGGCUGCAAUAAACCCCUGAUCAUCAAUAGGGAGGAAAUUUAGCCAGGCAAGAGAGCAGUUCCCAUGGGAUGCAAGAGAGCAGGGCUGGGCUGGCAGGGACAGCAGGGCUGGUUGGGGACACAGCCACCCGUGGCCUUGUGUGCCCCUUUGGGUGGUUUGGUGGCUGCCCGUGGUGCCCCUGCUCCUCCUCUGCAGGGCCCAGCCACUGGAAGGAGCUGAAAGCCACAUGUGGUGGUGACAAGCAGUCCCCUGUGAACAUCGACAGGCACCGGCUGCAGCGGGAUGGUGGCCUCGGGGACAUCCUCUUCGAGGGUUACGACCAGGCUCCCCCUGGCAAGUGGAGGCUGACAAACAACGGGCACACAGUGAUGCUGAACCUGGCGAGUGAGUCGGCCUCUGAGCACAUCACCAUCAGCGGCGGGGGCCUCCCCGGCCGGUACCGCGCGGUCCAGCUGCACUUCCACUGGGGCAGCCCGGCUGGGAAUGGCUCCGAGCACACCCUCGAUGGGCGCCAGCUCCCCAUGGAGAUGCACAUUGUCCACAUGAAUGCCAAGUACCAGACACUGGCAGAGGCCAAGGGGCAUCCCAAUGGGCUGGCUGUCCUCGGCUUCUUCUUCCAGGUCUCUGAAACCAGUAACACCAACUACAACACCAUCGUGGCAGGGCUGAGGAAUGUCUCCCAUGCUGGGGACUCUGUGGAUUUGGCCUCCACGUUCCGCCUGAGCACGCUGCUGCCGCGUGCCGCCCGCCUCUCCGGCUACUUCCGCUACCAGGGCUCCCUGACCACCCCCGACUGCAGCGAGGCCGUCGUCUGGACUGUUUUUGAGGAGCCAGUGGAGAUUGGCCGGGAGCAGCUGAAGGCAUUCGUCAGCACCCUCCACUUCCCACUCGAGGGAUCCAUGCUCCUAAAAAUGAUCAACAACUUCCGCCCGCCGCAGCCCCUCCGCAGCCGCAAGAUCUUUGCCUCCCGUGGGGCCACAGCCAGUGGCGGGUCCCUGCACGGGGGCCACCACCAGCUCCUCUCAGCCCUGCUCCUCCUGGCCCUGCUCAGCCUCUUCUCACCAGCCCCGUAGGGUCUGGCCCUGCUGCAGUGGAGAUGGAGGUGAUGCAUCUUGUUAAUGGGUAAUGGGAAGCAAGGAGAAAAAAAAGCACGUUGAAACCUUGGCUGGGUGAAGAUUUUGUGAACCUGCAUCCCUGCAGAGGUGAAUCUCUGCAAGCCUGGAGCUGCCCCGUGAUGCUCCUGUAGAUGGGCAGUGGGAGCUGCUGGGAGGGGGAUGUUGUAUUGACUGGAAUAAAGCCAAGGUAUCAUCACUG